AUGGAUGCGCCUGCGGCAAUCAAUUUCUUCAAAGGACACCCUUCAUUCAGACUACUGCCCAAUAAAGUGGUAGCUGAAGCGGCAGCACAGCUUUUGGUAACAGGUGACAGAGAUUACGAUGCUGACACAUUGAACAGACAUCCAUUGACCUACGGUUCUGAUGAAGGUGCCUUGUGGGUUCGUGAAGCAAUUACACGAUUCAACAAUGAUGAGACAUUUAGAUUUGCUCGAGAUGAUAAAGCAAGAUCAAGACCAGAAUUCCUUAAUUUAAGUUCUGGUGCAUCUUAUGGAGUGUUAAGCAUUUUGCUACAGGCUACAUUGGCUCAUACGGGAUAUACCAGACAAGCAUUCAUUGUAAGUCCAACGUAUUUCUUGAUUAAUGACUGUUUUAUCGAUGCUGGCUUUGGCUCCAAAAUUACUGCCAUUGACGAAGAUGGUCAGGGCUCAAUAGAUUUGGCUUUGCUAGAGCGUAAACUACAAGAAUUCGAGGAUAAGUUUACUGAAGAAGAAGACCAAGAGAAAUUACAAGCUAUCACUGAUCCUGCGAAAGCUGUCCCAAAGAAGAUCUACAAGUACGUGAUUUAUUGCAUUCCGACAUACUCCAAUCCCACAGGUACCACGUAUUCAACCGAGACAAAGCUUAAGUUGAUUGAAAUUGCCAGGAAAUAUGAUAUGUUGAUCAUAGCUGAUGAUGUUUACGACAUGUUGGAUUUCUCCCCACCGUUUGACAAUUUACCACAACCUAAAAAGCGAUUUGUUCACUUGGACAGGGAAACAAAUAACGACCCUGAGAGCUAUGGUAACACUAUAUCAAAUGCUACAUUUUCUAAAUUAAUUGCACCAGGUUUGAGAUUCGGAUAUCACGAAACUGUUACGGAUAAAUUGGCAGGCCAGUUAUCCCAUGGUGGAGCCAACACUUCUGGUGGGACUCCCUCGCAGUUAAACUCAAUGAUCGUUGGAACCAUGCUUAAGAACGGUUCAACAGCUACACUAUUGAACCAAUUGAGAAGCACUUAUGCCGAAAGAGCUGAGACCAUGUACGCUGCGGUAAAGGGUUAUAUGCCAAAGAACACCAAAUUCGAAAAGCCUGAAGGAGGAUAUUUCAGUUGGCUAACAUUACCACAAGGUUACGAUGCCCACGAAAUCGGUAAAAGGCUACAGCAGGAAUUUCAAGUAACAGUUGCUAAUGGCGACCACUUCGAAGUCAAAGGUGAUACAAGAGGUUGGGGCAAAUCUUCAAUGCGUCUCUCACUGAGUUUCCUCGAAUGCAAUGAGAUCGAAGAAGGCAUCAAGAGUAUGGGCAAGAUAUGCUCAGCCUAUGCAAAAGAACGUGAUCUUGUUUUUAGUUUUUAUAGACGCCUCAUCUCUAAUGUUUUCAUAAGCGCGUUAGAGCUUGACGCUUUAAUCAAACAAUUCGGAUUUUACUAG